AAAUUUUUUGUUGAAGAAAUCUAAUCUAUCAGACUAUCUCUCCAUAACCUUGGCUUUAUAUAGAGAAACAUACAACAUAACGAAAAAUAUAUUGUAGCUAAUUGAAUACAACAUCAUGUUACAAAAUAUUGUUAUGGCAUUGUUGUUUGGAAUAGGAUAUGUGUUCAUCAUCUUCGAGGAGUGUUUAUCUUUUAGUAAAUGCGGAAUAGCACUUUUGAUGGCCGUCAGUUUGUGGGUUGUGCGAAGCAUCGAGACAUCUCUAGAAAUUGUUACUUUAGAGCUUCAACACGCAACAAGUGAAGUUAGUCAAAUAGUGUUCUAUAUGCUUGGCGCGAUGACUAUUGUGGAGAUAAUUGAUGUUCAUCAAGGAUUCAAGCUGGUUACAGAUUGUAUAACAUCUAGGAAACCGAAGAUACUUUUAUGGAUGAUUGGUUUUGCGACCUUUUUCCUCAGCUCGGUUCUUGACAAUCUAACAACUACUGUUGUUAUGGUUUCGCUACUGAGAAGACUAGUUCCUCCAUCAGAAUACCGCAAGCUUUUAGGAGCAGUUGUGGUUAUAGCAGCAAAUGCAGGAGGAGCUUGGACUCCUAUUGGUGAUAUUACUACAACUAUGCUAUGGAUAAAUGGCCAUAUAUCAACAUUUUCGACUAUAAAGAACCUUUUUUUACCUUCAGCGAUUUCUCUUGUUGUUCCACUGGCUCUCAUGUCAUUGACCAGUGAGGUAAAUGGAAUGGGACUAAAUACUCCUCCUACACCAUUAUUAGCUUAUGAUCAUACUGCUCCAAGAGGAAAGCUUGUAUUUGGAGUUGGUUUUGGAGCUUUGCUUUUUGUCCCACUAUUUAAGUCAUUAACCGGAUUGCCUCCUUACAUGGGUAUCUUGUUGGGUCUUGGAGUCAUUUGGAUUUUGACAGAUGUCAUCCAUUAUGGUGACUUAGAGAGACAAAACCUAAAACUUCCACAUGCUUUGUCUCGGAUUGAUUCACAAGGAGCUUUGUUUUUCCUUGGGAUUUUGUUAGCUAUGAGCAGUCUUGAUGCGGCUGGGAUUCUCAAAGUGAUUGCGAACUAUCUUGAUGCUCAUAUAGCCAAUGUUGAACUGAUAGCAAGUAUUAUUGGUGUGGUGUCAGCCAUCAUAGAUAAUGUCCCAUUGGUUGCAGCAACUAUGGGGAUGUAUGAUCUCUCAAGAUUCCCUCAAGAUUCUGAGUUUUGGCAACUCAUUUCCUUUUGCGCUGGAACAGGCGGUUCCAUGCUUAUUACUGGAUCUGCUGCUGGAGUAGCCUUCAUGAGUAUGGAGAAAGUCAAUUUCUUUUGGUAUUUUCGUAAGGUGAGUGGUUUUGCUUUUGCUGGUUUUACUGCGGGUAUCGUGACUUACCUGGUGGUUCACUAUCUCUCCCUGUUUAACUUAUAACAACCAUAGUUUAUACUUUAUAUCCCUUUGCUCACUUAUUCAUAGGCUACAUGCACAAACAUCAAGAGGUGUACUAAAGUAGUAAUUAUGUAUGAACUGUGUAGAGUUCAUUGUAAAAAGUAAUUACUGCAUCUGUUAUUUUCUUCGUUUAUUUCUUUUUUCGUUCAUCCAAAUGAAUAUUCGUUUUGUGUUAGUGUUUAACUUUGAAAGUAAAUUUGAGUAAAAACUAAAAAUAAGAAAUCUUGAUAUGUUCAAAUUAUA